AUGUCGCACACACAGUCCGCAGCAUGCUGCAACACUCCGGCUGUGGUCGGCCAUGGCUACAAAGAGAAGGGAAACUAUAUCACCGUCAAUGGGAUGAAGACAUACGCGACUGGACCUUCGUCUGCCACUCACGGUGUUGUGAUUGUCUUCGACAUUUUCGGGUUCUUUCCUCAGACAUUGCAGGGUGCCGACCUGAUCGCUCACGCCGACAAGGAUCACCAGUAUCAGGUCUACAUGCCAGAUUUCUUUGACGGCGAACCCGCCGACAUUUCCUGGUACCCACCAGACACAGAAGAGAAGGGCAAGAAACUGGGCGAGUUUUUCCAGACCGCUGCUGCCCCUCCCAAGACCGUCGCGCGGCUCAACAAGGUGAUGGAGGAGUUGCAGGCGAAGAACCCUGGUGUCAAAAGUUGGGGCGUUCUUGGAUACUGCUGGGGAGGCAAGAUCGUCAACCUCGUAUCUGGAUCUAAUACAGUUUUCAAGGCCGCUGUAGCUUGCCAUCCGGCCAUGGUUGACCCGAACGACGCACCGAACGUCACUAUUCCCAUGCUUAUGAUUCCGUCCAAGGACGAAGAUCAAGAGGCCGUGGACAAAUACGAGGCCAAUCUCAAGGUACCCCACCAGGUGGAAUGGUUCAAGGAUCAUAUUCACGGGUUCAUGGCCGCGAGAAGUGACCUCUCCGAUGAGGAUGUGAAGGCAGCCUACGCAAAGGCUUACCGGAUCGUGUUGGAUUUCCUCAACAAACAUCUUUGA